AUGGCAGUGCCAGCAAUACAGGGCACCGGCUACCAUCUCCGGAGGAUGCUCACCCAUUUUCCCCAGGAUAUCAGCCUCGCCUUCGCCUAUGGAUCAGCGGUGUUCAGACAGACCGGGGCCUCCCAGAGCCAUGCCAAUAGCAACAUGCUGGACUUUGUGUUUGCAGUUGAUGACCCUGUCACAUGGCAUACCAUGAAUUUAAUGCAGAGCCGGAGUCACUACUCAUUCCUGAAAUAUCUGGGGCCCAAACAAAUCACUAAUGUCCAGAAUAAGUAUGGAGCCGGAGUCUAUUUUAACACGCUGGUUCCAUGUGAUGGAAAGGUCAUCAAAUAUGGGAUCGUCAGUACUGAUACUCUCAUUGAAGACUUGCUUUAUUGGAAGACUUUGUACAUUGCUGGUCGUUUACAUAAACCGGUGAAGAUCUUAGUACAGAAGGAGAAUGAGCAGCUACGUACUGCACUGAACACGAACCUGAAGAGUGCUGUCAUUGCUGCUUUCCUUAUGUUACCCGAAAGUUUUUCUGAAGAGGAGCUCUUCCUGCAUAUUGCUGGCCUCUCUUAUUCAGGUGACUUCCGCAUGAUAAUUGGUGAAGAUAAAGCCAAGGUGAUGAACAUUGUCAAACCAAACAUUGGCCAUUUUCAGAAGCUGUACAGUGGCAUACUCCAGGAGUGUCCUCAGGCUGUUUACAAACCUACAUUGGGUAAAGUAGAGGUAGAUAAGAGCCCAGAGGGCCAGUUUCUACAACUAAUGAAUCUGCCAAAGACUUUACAACAGAAAAUAACAGAUUUCAUGGAUCAGCCGGGUAGGAACCGGGAUGUGGAAGAAGUAUUGUUACAAGUAGCUCAGGACCCCGACUGCGGCAUUGUGGUGCAGCAAGGUGAGACCUUUAAAUUUACAGCAUUUUGUAUUGAUGGCACAUUUAAGAUUUGUAGCAUUCAAAUAUGUAAAUACAUACAACGAUCUUCAGCUUUACCUAUAACGCUACCACUUCCCCCUCACUACCCCUCUGUGUUGGCGUCCCUCAAGGCUCCGUCCUCGGGCCCCUUCUCUUCUCCAUCUACACCUCCUCCCUUGGCCAACUCAUACACUCUCAGGGCUUCAACUACCACCUCUAUGCCGACGACACGCAAAUCUAUCUCUCAGCCCCCCACCUCACCCCCUCAGUCUCCACCCGAAUCACAAACCUACUAA